CUUUAAAGAAAAAUAAUUAAAUUAAAUAAUAAACAAAUUGAAACCUUGUUUUUAAUUUCUUCAUAUUCACACACUCUCACCUUUUUUCUUGGUUUGCUUGAUUAGUUUUUCUACAAUACAGGUUGGAUUUGGUUCUUAUCAGUAAUUGGAAAUGUUUCUACGGGUGCCACCACCUACAGGUUGAUUAGGUUAAUGAAUUUAGGGUUUAUAUUGACUGCUUUCAUUGUUAUUGUUGUUAGUUUCAUAGAUCAGAUUAAAGAGGGUAGAAGUUGUUGGGUUUGUGAAAAUUUGAGCAGUGAAAUGGGUUACCUUGAUUCAGUGUUGCAAUCCUCCAAUCAAAUUCAUGUCGAGGAACAACCCGUCACAGGCGGCGGCCUCAGUCAAAACGGCAAGUUUAGCUAUGGAUAUGCAAGCUCUGCUGGGAAAAGGUCGUCAAUGGAAGAUUUUUAUGAGACUAGAAUUUAUGGUGAUGAUGGAGAGAUAGUUGGCUUGUUUGGUGUUUUUGAUGGACAUGGUGGUGUUCGAGCUGCUGAAUAUGUGAAACACCAUCUUUUUAGCAAUCUGAUUAAGCACCCAAAGUUCAUUGCUGAUACCAAAUCAGCUAUAGCUGAAACUUACAGUCAUACAGAUUCAGAAUUUCUAAAAUCUGAGAACUCCCAGAACAGAGAUGCUGGAUCAACUGCUUCCACUGCUAUCCUUGUUGGUGAUCGUUUAUUGGUUGCCAAUGUUGGUGAUUCCAGGGCUGUUAUAUGCCGCGGUGGUGAAGCAAUUGCUGUUUCCCGAGAUCAUAAGCCAGAUCAAAGUGAUGAACGACAACGUAUUGAGGAUGCAGGAGGUUUUGUUAUGUGGGCUGGAACUUGGAGGGUUGGAGGUGUUCUUGCUGUUUCUCGUGCUUUUGGUGACAAACUCUUGAAGGAAUAUGUGGUUGCUGACCCUGAGAUUAAGGAAGAGAAAGUUGACAGCUCUCUUGAGUUCCUUAUUCUUGCAAGUGAUGGAUUGUGGGAUGUUGUCACUAAUGAGGAGGCAGUUGAUAUGGUGAAACCCAUCCAGGAUUCUGAAGAAGCAGCAAAGAAGCUCAUGAAAGAAGCUUAUCAGCGUGGCAGUGCAGAUAACAUCACCUGUGUAGUCGUUCGGUUCCUAGACAACUGUUAUCACAAUGAUGCCUCAAAACGAGUCUCAGGCAAUCAAGCUGAUUCCUCAAAUAAGAACUCAGGUGAUUCUUCAAAUCAGCUUCCUGGCAAGCAGGGUGAUUCCUCUAAGGGUGGCUCUCAUUGAAAUAUUUCGGUCUGCUCCUUAAGCAUUUAACUAGCCUCAUCGUCUGUAAAAAUAGGUGCAGAAGAUAUUAUCAAUCUGUUAAUAGGUUAAUUGAGAAUCGGGUGGACUAGCAUAAAUUGCAAUGGUCAUAGGUGAAAAGUACGUAUGUAUCGAUGUAAUUGUAAUUUAGAAGCUCUGGAGCUCUUGUUAUGAUCUAAUUUAACUAUAUAGAUACUUAAUUAUGACUGACUUGUAACAGAGCUUAAUGAUACCAAUGUGGUAAUUACGAAGUUGAAAUUUGCUUUUGAUAAUUUUUUAUAUGUGAUAAUGUUGUAGCAUUAUUUGA